UGUACACCAGAUGGUGGAGGAGCCAAGGGUCAGGGCGAAACCUCUGGCCACACAUCCCCGGGACCGAGAGGGCAGGAGGGGGCUGUGGUCGCCCAGGCCCCUGUCUUCCUCUGAACUGCAGAACUGAAGGCGGGAUCUUGGUCCGGACAGAAGGGACACCAUGAUCACGGAAUUCCUGUCCCUGCUUUGCCUUGGGCUUUGUCUGGGCAAUGAAGAUGAGGAAAAGAAUGGGAACCAAGAGGAAAGAAAACCUGCCUCUUCACAGACAGAUACCAGGGUCGUCUUCGUGGCCACCUUCAGCUGCCUCUCCCUCUUUCUCCUCUUCCUCGCCAUCUUCUUCAUCUACAGGUGCACUCAGCAAGAUUCAUCACAGGAAGAAUCCACCAAGAGAACCUGCCCUUGGGAAGUGCGCAAGCAGAGGGAUGCAGAUGAACACAUGCUGGAAAGGAUAUCUGAAUCGCCUGAAGAGCCCGAGGGGGUGACCUACGCCCAGCUAAACACCACAGUGCUGUCCGGGGCAGCUUCUGUCCCCGCCGAGGAGACCCCAAGCUCCUGUGACUACACAACGGUGAAGAUGACAGUAGUACUGAAUAACUGCGUCUGGAUAAGCCCGGGUGUGUGAGCUUUGCUUCCAAAGUUGCUUCACUCAAUCAGGUUUGCAAGUCAUUUUAAAAUAUGUGAAUGGAUCAAAGUAUAAAUAUUUGGAAUGUAUAUAUGAAUAUUCUUCACUCAGUAGCAUACGCUGGAUAACUUUCUUUUUUUCGGGCGUGCCUGCAGCUUGUGGGAUCUUAGCCCCCCCUACCAGGGAUUGAACCCAGGCCCUCAGCAGGGAAAGCCUGGAGUCCUAACCAUUGGACUGCCAGGGAAUUUCCUAGAUAACUUUUUUUCAAGUUUUUAAACUAUGAAAUACUUCUGUCAUAAAGAAAAACACCCCAAAAUAUAAGUGGAAAUAGCACACUGACCUUAUUUUCAAACCAUGAACACUUUGCUGUGUUUUUAUUCUACCCCUCCCAGUCUAUUUCCCUCCCUCUUUUUCUAAGAGGUCAACAUUAUUCAGAGUAGUAUAUAUUAUGCUGAUGGAUUUUUUCAUACUUUUACUCCUCAAGCAUCUAUCAACAGUCAAUAUAUUAUAUUUUAUUGUUAUUACAUUAUACAAACAUAGGGAAUCAUUGUUACAAUUCUGUCACCUUUUUUAAUUUCCAUCAACAUUAUGCUUUUGAAAUUCAUCCAGGUGAUUUUUGAAUAUCUAUUUUCUUGUUUGCUGCACAGAAUUCAGUUGUUCAUCAUACCAUGGAAUAUUACUCAGCCCCAAAAAAGGAUGAAGCACUGGUGCAUGCCAUGACCUGGAUGACAUUUGGAAACAUUAUGCUAAGACACAG